ACGGGUUUUGACGUUACAUGGUUUACAGUAAAGCCGAUAUUUCAUUACGCCAACUGUGUCGCGCGACAGAGAAAAUGUCGGAUUAUAUUAUCUCCAGCGAAUUAAAACCUCUCGUUCGCUCUGUCGCGAGACGUGAUCGAAAGUUUGAAUAUCGGCUUGAAGUAAAAAGAAAACGAAGAAGAACGGAACGAAUUUCUGUAGAUAUCAGCUGACCGGAAAACGUACACGUAACUGUUGUAUCGAGUUGUAAAUAACAACUUCAUUUUGUUAUUUAAAGCGUAAGAAAAUUAACGCCCACAAUGUACACUUCGACAAUGAAUCUAGUUGAUAUAGUGAUCGAUGAAGUGGCACUGGAAGGUUUGGAUGGUAUUACUUUGACAGCAUUGCGACGACGACUCGAAGUCAGGAUUCCUGAUUCGAUAUCUCUAAAUGGAGCUUUUAUGACACAAGUAUGGUCGAUCUGUGUGCACGUGAAGGAAUUCAGUUUCUAUGAUUUAGGAUCACCGAGAGAGGAACUUGUGAUUCUUGACAGAUAUGCACAUGUUGAUCCGGUCUUAGGGAUCGUUAUCGAACCGGAAAGCGUUCCAAAAGAUAUAUAUCCACAUUGUCCAGUCGAUGAGACUAAGACAGGUGUGAAGGGAUCUUGCUCGACGUUUGAUGUGCGGAAAGAAGUGAGCAACCUUGUAAAAGCGAUGACUCUGGACGAAGUGACGGAAAAAUAUGGGGAACAAAUGGUUAUCGUAGCCUCGCAGGACUUGAGAGAUUGUGCCUUGUUAGGUAGCGAUGUCUGUCCAAUUUUGGAAUUAAAUUCUCAACAACAUUGUUACCUUGAAAGAGUAGGACGAGCUCGCUACCACGGAGAAGUCACUCAGGGGAAAUUGAGUCUGGGCCUGCUAAAGGAAGACCCGAAGACGCUAUUUUAUCGGAAGAAACUGUUAUUUGGACAUAAACUUAUUACAAAGCAGAUACAUCACCAGAAAACAUCCAAGCAUUGCUGUAGUGGCAGUGUAAUACAUCUGCCUAGAUUCUUUGUGGAUAGGAAACCAAAGGCAGUUCGUUUGGCAGAAAAUAUGAUUGAGAUUUUGAAAUCAAAGAACAACUACACGGCAGAGUACGAUGAAAUUAGGGGAGCAUUAGAAAUCGGUCAUUCGAUCAAAAAGCUGCUCAAAACCUCCUUUUUUCAGAAAGUUGCUAAAACUGGCUUCAAAAAGGUUAUCGAACCAGUGCACUCUUCGAGUAAUUCCAAGAGAAAGAAAGUUCGUAAAAAAGAGGAGACGAAAGAGAGAAUCAAAAGAGUUGUUCAGUUGUUACAACCUGACCCUGCAUUGGUGGACUCAAAUAACGAUGCACCUAAUGAGGAGGACCAUCCAGUCGAAUUAGAAAUAUCGGAGCAGAUGUUUAAUGUGCCACUCACAAAGGAGGCAAACAAUUUAAUUGCCAGCAGAGGGGCCAGCGGAAUGUCCCAGUUGGAGCUCGGAAGGCACCUGGGGAUUACAAAGCUGCACUCUCGAACCAUUCUGAGGAACCUUUCAAAGUCCAACAUUGUAGCCAGCUACAUGAAAGAUGAAGGUAGACAAAGACUCACCCGGUACAUCUCGAAGUUAUAUGAGAAGAACAGUAGCAUAAGGAAGUUACUACACGAGGAGGUGUCCAAGAUUAAGGAGUUGACAAAGAAGGUCGAGCCAGAAGACACCGAGAUGAUAUCACACGACUUAAACAUUUCAUAUAGUCAAAAGACGAUUAGUCCUACGAAUAUGGUCAACUCUGAGGGUGAGAAAGGCUCGUUUCCAGUGAAGUGUGAUUUGCAGGAUAAUGACUUCGAGCAAAGAGUCAAGACUCAACAGCAAACUUUCAGUGUAGUGCGCAGAAUCCUUAGAAGAUAUCGUAUGAACUUCCUGCAGAACAAGUAUAGACUCACUGGUUGUAAUCUAAGCCGCUACUUUAAAAAAGUCUCAGAGAAUUCCACGGAUUUACAGCCUAGUGACUUUGUUUCGGUGAAUCUAAAAUCUGGUAACAAUGUGUCGUAUAAUGACGCUGCUGGCAGUGUGAAAAGUGUUCCCACUAUUGACAGCGUGGAAAUGAAAGCUAAUAUUUUUCAACUCGAUACGGAGGGACGGUUGGAGAAUAGUGUGAUACGUCGCUUAGAGCAAUUGCAGACAGACAGGAACAAAAAAACACCGAGCAUCACUUAUCGUCUUCUCAAAAGAGCUAAUAUCAUCAUUUCUGCAGUCAAGGAGUACAAGAUUAUCGAUGACGUCGUCAAGUUUAUGAAGAUGAUACAAGAGGAAGAGGAUAAGGAAGGUUAUAACGUCAAGAUCGAUAAGAAGUCGUUAACAAGGCUACUGCGAAGAUUGGCCAAUGACAAUAUAAUAAAAAACAUAGAAUUCACACUAAGCAUCGAGAACAAGAAGAAGCAUUUGACGUUCAUCUGUGACCCGAGUGUUGGCAUCGACGAUCCCUUCAUACAAUCUGCCUUGGAGCGUGCUAAGUUAAGACUCUUUCUGGGCUCUUCGGAAGCACAUACUGUCACUACGGAAGUUUCCACUGACCACAAGCCACCAGUUAUUACCUCCGAUGUAUUCCAUGAGUCUGACAAUGAAAAAGAUACUAAAGCAUCGGAGGCUUCGUUAAGUGAUUACAUCGUUCAACUUGAUUUUCAUCUAGGCAUGAACUAUGAGUUCGGUCGGAGGUUAGGACGUAUGCAAGUCCUGUAUUCAUAUUUGCAUUAUUUGAUAUACGACCAUCCUAGAAACAAACGCGCAGCCAGUCAGUGUUAUAAACGCAUUGUGGACGAAUUUUCUGACGCGGAUAUUGAAUUGAGCACUUUCUGUAAACCGGAUGUUAGUUGGAAGACGUUUGUUCCUCCGUUACCAAAGUAUGAGGCACGGCCUCCUGGUUGGGGUCUCGCUCGAGACAUCUUUAUGCGCAUCCCUCUGUCAAUAUACUUAAAGGUUCGUGGAAUGACUUUGGGCGAGACGGAACUGAAGAAAUACACUCGAGACCCCAUCGAAAGACACGUACUACUCAGAGACUUACCAGCAAGGAUGAAGAAAUUCCUUCUCUCUCGGGAAAGUCGUGAACACAGCGUGUACGAGACUGUCGCACAUCUCUGUACUGCCGGCUUAAUUCGACCUCAUCUAGACCCACAAAAUCUGGAGGAAUCUAAGCAAUUCAUUUAUCUAGUACACCGAUACGACCUUCCAGAUGAGAUUUCACCACCCGUCAACUCUCACUGCGAUGAAAAGUCUAAGGAGUAUCCCUACAUCUACAACACAGCGAAGAUCAUCGAAGAGUACUGGUACGAAGUGAAGUGUAAAUCUUGCGAAAUGCAUUUAGAAGAUCCUCUAACCCUGAAGAGCAAAGAUUUCCUGUCUCAGGGUCUGAAACAAGAGAUAGAAAGGCUAAAAAAUCUCGUCACUGCCAGGUCAUCGACAACAGAUCUCGACAUAACUUCGAAACAUGUUAGAAAAAAUAGUUCUCUCAGUGUGGAAGAACUAUUUCUCACUUACCUGAAGAGAAGGCAAAGCAAAAAGUUUAUCAACUACUUCCCUGAGUUCCAGAGGAGGCUGAGCUUGAGUCAGAACCUGAAACCCACUCUUAAUGCCAAGUCGGAGAUAAAUUCAAUCAACCAAUCCGACACUUGUAUCGAUGAAGUGUCCACCUUGGAACACGAAAAAUCCAAGGCUGAAAGGGAGAAGACCUUGAAGAAGCCUACAUCUCGAAAACGCAAGGUUAGGUCCAGAGUGAAGUACGAUGAAGUGGAUUAUAGUGCCCUCCGGAGAAUGGAUAAGCUUCGAGUGGACUGGGACUCGCAUGAAGACAACAUCUUGCUGAUGUGCAAAGUGGCGAUGAUGUAUUUGUUUCCAAACCCCCGAAGACAAUUAAUCUCGUUCCCCUCGAUUCGCGACGUCCUUCGCACAUAUUCCUCCACGUCGUUCAAUAAAACAUCCAAAGCAUGUCAAAGAAGGCUUCAGUACAUGCUGCGGAAGCCACAAACGGUGAAAAGUGUAGCUCUGUGCUUAGAAGAGAUAAAACAAAAUAUAUACGUCACUAAACGCUUCGGUGGGAUAGCUGACAAAAUUCGAAAGAGCUAUUCGGACCCUGUCGAGUGUGAGAAAAAGGUGAACAAAGUAUUUAAAGAGUUAGUGGCUUACAUCGCUAAGAAGUAUUACAAGAUCUCUCACGUAGAAGCGAAGGUGCCGAUGAUUGCGCCGAAAACUGCGGAGGAAUUCGCUCUUCUCUACUCCCUGAAGAGACCGGUUAAACCAUCGAACCAUUUUGUACACUCCGGUGAUGUGAACAAUGUGUGUGAUAUAUACUCCUCCGUUGUCAUGUCCAUCAUCCACAGUUCCAUGUGCUGCUCGAAGGACCGAAAUUCCUGGGCUCAUCAACUCUUCAAAAUCUACCAGCAGUACCCUGAAUCGCUACUACGCAAUGCCAUUGCUAAGCUUAAGUCUACUCGGAUGAUGUCUGUAAAGAAGAAGUAUGUUUGUUCGGUCAAGAAAUAUGGCAUGGUGCUACCGAUGAGCUGUUCGCAAUACCAGCUGAGUCCUGGGUACAUCCACAAGUUUCAGACCAAGUGGCCUUACGAGUGCUUCACGGAGGCUUUCAAAAUCCUCUCUGACCUCGUCAAUGGGAAAGUGGAAAAUCCUUCGGUGUCUCUGCAAUUUGGCCUCGAUGAAGUCGAUGGGAGCAACGUUAAGCACAUAGAAGCCUUUCCAGUGUCUGGUGGCACCGUAGUCUUCAUGCAGGACUUUGUUUCUGCAAACAGGCUGGAAUUCGACGUGGAGAUUCCAGAACAAAUCAUCACUCUGGACCCUAAACUGGGUGAGAAAGAUGAAGUCUACGUCAGGAUUGCUCAGAGAUAUCAUGGUCUCCUCUCUGCCAUGGAUAGUCGUAACGAAGGCAUAGCGAGACUUCAAACUAAAUCCAACACUCAAGAAGUUUCCACGCAGAAUGUCGGAGCCUGGAAGAAAAUAGAAGAGGAUAAGUCAACAGAUCUAGCUUGCGUUAAAGACUGCGAAGCCAUAUCGCAGGAUGAACUUAGUACGAAGAGUUGGGUUUGUGUUGCAAAGCAUAAAAGUGACGACGAGGUGGCUCAGAGCCAGCAGAAGAAAUCGCAGCGUAGUGAGCUACCUUUUAGCGAUGUGAAAAAAGAGUGGAAUAAAUAUGUCGGUAUGCUGAACUGCAAAGAGAGAAAGGAGAGGCAGGACGUUAAAAUAACCUCUUCGUGUGGGCUGAAUGCACCUCGAAAAAGUGUAGUUGCUUCGGGCACUGUCGAGGCAUGCCAGGGGGCAUCGCAGGAGUUGGUUCGCAGCAACAGUGCUCGAUGCAUUAUUUUAUUCCAGAAUGGAAUGCGCAUUCCCUUGAAAAAGCAACCGAAUAGCUUGACGUCUAAUCUGGAAGACAACGAGAGAUCUGAAGCAGGAAUAGUGUCUAUGAAGCGAAAACGUAACGUAGAAGAAUUAACCACUGAAUCGAGUGGGUAUGGAAACGAGAAUAGAGAGUCUCGUAAACAUUUUAAACCUGAAGAGGAUGGAAAAGGGAAGCCCGAAGUACUAUCUUUGGAGAGUAACAAUGCAAUUUCAACGUCUCCAUCGGAUGUGAUCUUUGAGAAACUUGGAAGCUCCGAGAUGUUACCUUCUACCAAUGAGUUGAAUAUUGUAAAUGAAGAACAAGGUUCAUUGUGUACUUCGAAAACAUCAAUAAAUACUCAAAAGGGUCUUGCGUUGACAAGACUCGUUAACAGAUCAUUGACGAGGUGUUUAUCUCGAAACAGAAGUUCAAAUUCGAUGAAAGAGUGGUCUCGAACAAAUGACAUUAUAAAUAAUGCUCCUUGCGAGGAUGGCUGGCAGAAUUCGAGUAGAAGUUAUGGUAAUCUCGUCGAUGCCACGAAAUGCUAUACCAGAAUGGCUUUGUUGACAAUGAGAGAGGAACUUAACAAUCUAACGCUAACUGACAGCCAUCAUGCCCAUGAAUACUUUGUCGUGAAUGCUUUUAAAGUCUUCUAUGCCAUUAAGACUGCAAGUUCUCAAGUCCUGGACUCCCAUCAACAUAAACUCCUUGCCGAAGAAUUGCAAACUCUUGUUAAUUUUGGCCAACAAAUUAUUCAGAACUUAAAGAGGACGACCCUAUUCCACGAAAACAGACUCUCGUAUACAGAUCUGAGAUGCUAUAUCCGUGAACGAUCUCUGGUGUUUUGGGAGCACAUCGACUCGGUGACCAAAUUCAUCUUCCAGUAUAAAGAAAUGGGAACUUCUGUAAAGGAACUAUCGGAAAACUUUCCUGAAUUGUGGGAGAGUGCACUGUACGAAAUUCUUUUCCUGCUGGUCGAAAUUCAAGCAGUUCUGCGGUGUGGUGUUACGGUUGUGAGAUAUGUGCACAGAAAAUACGCUGAUCCGUGGUUGUUACAUUCUCAGAAGAUUUCGAGGCUGGUUAGAGAAUCAUUGCCGGUGCCUUCAUUGGAAAAUAAAUGUGGUAGCAAUUGUAAGGAGGAACAAAACAGUCAGAUCAGCCAGAAGAACAAUUCCCAAAGUGAACAUUUUGAACCGAUGGAUUGUAUGGACAAUGAGCCAAGAGCGAAAGACCGGGAAACACCUGCAAAAGAUGCUGAAAUCGUGUUAGAAAACAUCUCAAAAAAGGAGAAGCUCGGAAAAGAGUCAGAAGACUCGAAUUUACCCAACACUCGACGCAGAAAGGCUAUGUCGAUCAUGAAGGAGCAGAUGUCAAAGUCAGCCUCUUACUUCGAGAACCAGAAUGCAAAAAAUGUCAAAGUGAUCAUAAAACCAUGGAUUCGUGUCGAUGGGGUAUUAAAUCGUCGUGUGCUGGAUCGAAUGCUUGGCGCUGUUUUGGCUUAUUGUAUAAUGCAUCCUGGUUCAGCGAUAACUAAGGUGCAAAACAGAUUCUUACCAGCCCUGCAGCCGAUCCAUACUAGAGAAUUAAUUGAGAUUCUUGUGAAACUCAAGUGUCUUCGGAUGAAGCUGCUAAGAAUUCCAACGGUAACAUUAGUCUCCGUACCAUCUAUAGUUAAAUGCAAAGAAACUACAAGUGGUCUAGCUGACGAUGGGUAUCUAAUCAUCGAACCACUUAUAAACGCGUCUCUACAUUUCGGUGCGUUUUUGAGCAGUAAAAUGUACAGUACCAGUUUUCUUUAAGGAUUAUAAUAAUCCUAUGGAUGACGAUUCAGA